UCAAAUAAGUUUUAAAUGAUAUUUCAAAUGGAAGAUGAAUUAGACCUGUAAAACUAAUACUCUUGCUUUUGCAAAGCAGUUUUUCAUUUGACAAACGUAUAUAAUUUUUGAUUUGAUUAACAGUUGGGUAUUUUUACGCCCAGAUUAAGUUGAAGAUGAAACUCACGAGGUAGGUACAGGUUUAUUUUUUAAUUACAAGCUUAACACGAAAUUAUGUUUUUAGCAUUAGUAGGAUGUUGCAGGGAAAAUUAACCACACAAUUUCCAAGAAUAUUUCACCAAGUCGAUGAAAAAUCAACCAGGUUAUUUUACGCUUUAGGAGAAAACACAAAGGGAAUUUUCUCUAAUUGACACAAAUACGAUUCAUUCAAACACAGAUUUGCCUCCCCCUGGUUGCUAGGCAACCCUCCCUUUCACCUACCUCCCCACACCAUUGAUGCAGUCAGCCAUUGCUGCAUUCACUUCUAGUUAUUGUUUACUUACUCAUUUCUCUGUUUCUGCAAGCCUGAUUGGACAGAAUUAAUUCUUGUGCUAAAGGAAUGACUGCCGGCCUCUUCAAUGGACAAGCGUUGUCUCCACCUUCGAAAACCGUGAAUGUCUUUGACUUGACAUCGAAACAAGGAAUAACUGGAGGUGCAGAGGUCAGUUCGAAAGAGAGAGCAGCAAGAAUAACAUUAUAUGUGAUUUUAACCCUGGUUGUGCUUACGGCCGUGUCGCUCCUGCUCGGUGAAGCUCUCGGACUGCAAUGGACGCUCUGUGUGCGAGGAGCCAAUAAGACAGCGCCGUCCGAGACAUUGUACCAAUGGCCAUGGAGUUGGAAAAACAACGGACAAACACUGAUGUCCGAGUCAUACAAGGAGCGCUGGGACACUCUAUCGCUCCAGGAGAAGAGAAGAGAAUUGUUCCGAGCCUCGAUGGGAGAAAUCGAUCUUUACGAUAUGUACGACAUACCGAAACACCCGCAGCAUUUGGAAGUCAAUUGAGAUCUUAAACAGAGUUGUAAGUCUUGAAAAGUUCUUUUCUUUUGAUUUUUGGAACCUUAUUGUUUUAAAAUUUCAAUUCAUAUUAAAUAACUUCUUGAUCAGCAUUGUACGUGUUAUUAAAUUUACGGAAAGUAAAUAAAGAUACGUCUUAUAACACUUGAAACAUAUAUUUACGCUUAUACUGUUACUCACAAGACGGUAAAUAUACAAAAGAUGGUAAGUGGUGAUCGAUUUCGAUUGGACACUCCAAUCAUCAUCAGACCCAAUAGGCGAAGAGUAACAGUAUAAGCGUAAGUGUUACGUUUUAAGUGUUAUAAGACGUAUCUUUAUUUACUUUCCGUAAAUUCAUAUUAAGCAAUAAAGUAUGAUGUAAUGGUUGUAUUAAGAAAGUAAGAAUGUUAUGUGAAAAACAACUUUGUUUCACUGUGAUAAAUGUCAAGUUUUCUUAGAUCGGAAAAGUUUGAAUGAAUUUUCAUUAUUUUCAAUGUUUAAAGUGUAUCCAUCCCUUAACUCUUUUUUUACAUAUCUACAAACAAAUUCAUCAUCCAAUUUAUUUCAUUAAUGUUUCUUCUUGCUCUUUCCUAUUAAAACCAGAUACAAGCUAUUUAGUAUGUUAGUGAAGUCUCUAAAUCUUCUGAAUAGCAAAAUUUUAACCAUAUACUGUAAAACAAUACUGAAUUAAUUUUAAACUACUCUGAUUGACUGAUUCAAUACUUAGAUGUUAAAAAUAUAGAUUCCUUUCCUUUCCUACUCUAGUCUUCAAACAGUAGUGAUAUUUUUUACCAAAAACAUAAAAAAAAACUGAUUUCCAAGGACUAAACCUCUUAGUUUAUAAGCUUUGUUAUUGUUAACCUCUCAGUGAAAUAAUUGAUAACGGGUCAUAUAAUAGUAUGCAGAGUAUUAUACCAUAUCAAUUUAACCCAAAAUGCUAGAAUAGGGAUUGCUUAUGUUAACAAACUCCCAGGAGCAAUUGAUUAUGUAAAUUUACAGUGAGUAGAUAUAGCUUGCUCCCUUUCAACUUGCAGUUUUGUAGCCGUUGGAUAGAGUAAAGAUAUUUUUAAAAUAGAUUUUUUAUUCAAUUAGAUUGUAGUGAAAACAUUUAGUUUUUUUAUCAAUGGUUUGAUGAUGUAUCACACAUUUUACAAAGUGUUGAUUUAUUUCUUUAGCUUAUAAAACAUAAUCCUCGAGUAACAUACAAUCUGCUAGCAAUCAAUAGCUGUUCAGUAACUACAGUGAAAAUUAGAUUUUGUCAUUAGUAGGAAGAACAAAAUAGAAGUUGUAAUUGAUUUAGCUCCCAAGUCCAUUUCUACUUUGUUUCAUUUUAACGUUACUUUACCAAGGUUAUUGCUGAAUAGAAUUAAAAUGAUUUGUGAAACCAAGGAUUAAAAUAUUACUGUGAAUGGAAAAUAUAUUAUUUAAAUAUCAUAAGU